AUGGCGGCUGGAGGAGAUGAUGUUAAACCAACGUUUAUACUACAAAGCCAAAUUUCCCAAGAUACUCAAUCGCAAAAUCAAGACAAAUCAGCAGGUUUACCCCUGAGCGAUUUUGUUCUUCAAUUGGAAGAUUAUGCACCUACGAUACCAGACUCUGUGACAGGCUACUAUCUCAACAGGGCAGGAUUUGAUUCCAGUGACCCAAGAAUAACGAGACUAAUUUCCCUGGCAGCACAAAAGUUUAUUUCUGAUAUUGCCAACGAUGCACUACAGCAUUCAAAGAUGAGAGCUUCUGGACAGAGUGCAAAAAAACAAGGAAAGGACAAAAAGAUGACACUACAAAUGGAAGACCUUACACCAGCCCUAGCAGAGUAUGGCAUCAAUGUGAAGAAACCUUUGUAUUUUGUAUAACAGGCAUCCAUUGUUUAGUUAUGUUCUUUUUGUACAGUGCAGCUAAAUGAUUGUUUUUAUUAUUUAUUAUGUUUUUUAGGUAACAACUUUUUAUGGAGUAGCAUAUUUUUAUUCUAGGCAUGUUAUGGACAAUGUGCAUAUUUUAUUAGGCCGCUAGCCGCCGCCUAAUACUGUUUCAUUGGAGGCUAGAUGAUCAUAUUAUACUUACUUAAAAGAAAUGGAGAUUUGUAAUUCUUUGUUGAUCACAUUUACUUCUGUCAGUACUAAUUUAAAAGUUUUCUUUUUUUAAUAUCUAAUGUACUUCAACAAGUUCUGUAAUCUCAAUAGGUGUAUGUUUGACCACUAAUACCUGUGUAGACUUUACCCAGUUAGUGUUAAGUGAAAAUGCAUCUAUUCUGUUUGAAAAUGUAUUAUUGCCACUACUCAAUGAGAGUAUAAAGGUGUUAAUGCUUUUCCAAUAUUUUGAUUUGGUUCAAAAUAGUACACAAGAAAUGGUGGUUACUCCCCUUGUUGGGUGGUAAACAUA